AUGAAAGACAAAUAUGGCCUUGGUCUUGGCCUCAAUUCUAUGGAGGGCCGAGAGGCUAAGCAUGUGUUCAUUGCUAAAUAUCGCAAGAAUAGUAAUUACCAGAACAGGUGGGAGCAGAUUUUUCAGCAUGAGUUUGUCUCUCUUGUAUGGUUAAGAGAAAGAGAUUAUAAUUUCUCCAUGGGGAAGGUCUCUACAUUAAAAUCUUACAUUACAAAUUCGGUUAGCAGUGAUAAUAAAGCUUUCUGCCACUGCGGGCUUAAAAAGGAGUGUGUUACUGAUAGCAAGUGUAGAUUCUGUGGUAGCAAGUUAAGGAAUGACAUUGAAGUGAGUGAAGUGUUGCUAUCCAAGGCUGAUCUAA